UCCAGAAGUAAAGAGGCGGGAUUUUCUUCUUACAAGUUUUCUGCCUGUCUGUCAUUUCACUACACGUUUAAAUGGACUUGGAGGAGCUCGGUUCCAGUUUCUCUCUCUCACCUGUGACCUUUACUCUCGUUGUCUUUUUGCUGCUUUUCGCCUACACGCCUGCCGAAGGUCAGCCUCAGGUGAUUGGUUCACUUCAGCCAGUUGUGGCUGCUCCGGGUGAUGACGUCGUCCUGCCAUGUCACGUGGAGCCUCAAAUCAACGUGGCGGGACUGACGGUGGAGUGGUCGAGGCCCGACCUUCAGCCUGACCCCAGUGACCGGCUGAGCCGGGUCGAAUAUGUGCAUGUUUACCGGAACACCCGCGAGAUCCUGGACAUGAAGCUCUCAUCGUACGUCAGGAGGACGGCGCUCUUCACAGAUGGCCUGAGACAAGGCAACAUAUCGCUCAAGAUCACCAACGUGACGCUUGCAGACGAAGGGAACUACAAAUGUUUCAUCCCGAAGUUAAAGAGCCGGAUGCAGUAUUCAAUUGUUUAUCUGGUCAUUGAGCCAAACUCUUUUAAAACCCAGACAACAGAGAUGCCACUGCAAACCACAUGUCCCAAUACUUUUGAUCUGGAGGAAGAGAUUGAUGUCAAAGGUGGUUUGUCCAGGCGCAACAGGCUAAUCCCAGUUGUGGUGUUCUGCGUCUUGCUAAUCAUGGGUGUUGGAGUCACAGGAUAUUUGACACAGAAGCGUCAAAAACAAAAAGCACCUCCAGUCUAGGUGCCCUGCUCAACAGCGCAUUGAUAGACGUUAACAGAGAUGAGAACACUACCCACUUGUCUCGCCUGGAUCUUUCUAAUUAAUUCAAGGACUCAAACCAGCAACCCUUCCUGCCACAGGUUUCACACACUGGAUCUGUAGACUACCACCAGAAAAUCUUGUAAAUUGGUCUGAUUUGAACAUGACCUUUGAUCCCUGUACUGACGACAGUGGCUUAAAUUAUUUGACCAUGUGACAUCUGGAGAACUUUACUACAAAAUGAGAGAUCUGUUAUUUGAACAAACGCAUGUUGCACUGAAGCCCUUUAUUAUUAUUAUCAGUUGUGCCCACACUGACACUGGACUGCUUUUGUAAAACUUCGACCUAGAAUUUUAUCUCCAAAAAGCUUUGCAUGUGGCCUUUAGUUGGACGUGGACAGAAAGAAGCAUUUCAUCUCUAUUUAUAUAACUUUGCAUUGGAAAUCAUUUGAUAACACUGGACCUGUCUUCGCCUGCAGACGUUUGGGCAUUUGGAUCCUAAAUACACAGCUAGUUAUUCAUCUUAUACUAACGUUUCAAUGUACUUUGAACAGCUUAGAUGCAGGUCACUACCAGGUUAUGUAGCAGCCACAAAGUACCAAAAAAAAAAAAAAAAAAAAAAGGACAACUUGGUAAAGAACUUUUUUUAAAUAUAGGAUACAUCACCGUAGUGUUAAAAUCAGUGUGAUUUAGAGAAGGAUGGAGCCUUGGUGGGGGAAAAAAGAAUUUAGUGGCACAUUUUGGGGGUUAUUUCAGUGAAUGAUUAACUUCACUUUGAUGACUAAAGGUUUCCCAAUACACAAUUGGUUAAGCAUUGUGCUUGUUGUGAUCUUAAAGAUUAAACUACAUCUUGUUCAUUUUGCACUUUUUGAAUAUUCAAAUGUGUUUGUUCAUCUUUUAGGUUAUGUUUUGAGGAUGUAUCAUGUGCUCAGUUUAAUCUUAGAGCAUUUCUUUUUUUCUGUUGUAUCCUUUUUCAUUGAUUAAUGUAUUUGUCCAUGCCCCUGUGUAUACACAUAAGAAGCUGUAAAUUAUUUUGUAAAUGUUUUUGCACUUAAGACUUUUUCGAAUUGUACUUGAUAGUUGUUUUAAAUAUCAAUCUGUUGAGUGAUCACAUUUGAAGUGAAGUGGUUUAAUAGUUGCCAAAUAAAGAACAUUUUUGAAUGAU